UAGAACUUAAUGGUAAGGUGGCCAUUUUAAAGCUGUCAAAAACGAUUCUUACCAUUUGAUUGUGUGCGGUGUCUUCUUUCAAGUUUUGAGUUUGGCAUUUGAUCAAGUUACCAUUCCAUUUUAAUAUCGUUGAAUAAUUAUGUCACAAAGAAUUAGUGUGAUUAAAGAAGAUGGAAUGCUUUAAAAUCGAUCGGAUGUACGACAUGUAUCCGUUAUUAUUCUGAGAAAAUAAUGAUGUACAAAGUUGGAUGUGCCCCGAAUUCUUACAAUGCCAAUUUCACUAGUUCUUUAGCGAUUGUUUAAUGACACCACUAAAAGAUAUUUUUUCGAUUAUUUAAAUUAUUUGAAACGGGAACAAUAUCGUUAUAUACAAAAUAGAGAAAAUGGCGACCGACAUCGAGGAAUCAGAUACCGACGAUCAUGAAAGACCCGCUCCUCCAAAACGACAAUGCACGCGACUUGUUAAGGUCAAUGAAACAAUUUGGGAUAUGGAAAAGAGUUUGAAUGAAAAUGAAGAAACUGUACAGGAUGAAGAAAAUGUUGAGUAUGAUGAUGCAGAAAGGCAUGCGAGAGAGAAACUAAAAAGAUGGCAAGCUUGUCAGGUGGCCAAGGGAUACGUAGAUAACACUAUCAACAAAGUAUUAGAAAACUAUAUUAUGGGAACACCUACUUACUCUCUCGAAGAAUCAAGAUUUCAGUUGUUUAGAGAAAACGACAUGGAAGAUACUGCGGUUAUGAUGGCAAUUCGUAAUCAUGGACUAGUUCAAACCACAGGAUUGGUUUCUCAAUCAGAUGCGUUUUAUAGUGAUAAGGCCCCAGGAUAUUGGACCAACAAUGAGUAUACCGAUGUGCAAUGUUCUUGUCCUUCUAAUUAUAUUCAAGUUGGAAGUUCUGUUGCUACAACAUCAACAGAUUCUUUCAGAUUUGAUGAUUCAAAAGAUACAGAUGAAUACAGUGGAUUUGAUUGGGAUUUGGAUAAAAUAGAUGAAAAUAACCAACAGGAAAAUUUUCUGGAAAGAGCAGUGGCUGAAGCUAUUAAGAAAAAAGGACUUAGUGCUCUUAGCGUUGAUUAUGGUUGAACAAACUGAAUAAUACUUCAUCCUACAGUAUGUUUAUAUAAUAGCAUCGCGUAUAAUUUUUUAUCUUCGCAAAUCUGAUUCGAUUUGAUGAUAUUCAUCAGAGGUAUGCAAAUAAUUCUGAUUAAAGAAUUGUACUCCAAUACAGGAAACAUUCUGAUGAUCGCCUGUUUCUUUAUCCAUUAUAUCUUCAUACAUCUACUUAUGCAUAAAUAAAUAACGUUUAUAUGCUAGAUAAAAAUAUUUUCAAUGAGAAUCUAGAUUUCAUUAAUGCAUAAGAAAAGAUAGAUAUAGUUUCAAGUUGUGUUUGCGAUUGCUUGAACUAGAUAGAGUAAAAAGACUAUGAUUUUAUACCAUAGCAAAAGAACUGGAUGAUUUUCAUCAUACUUUAACUUGAUUUUAACAUUAAUUAUUAAACGUCUACGAGUCCUAAUUCAUUCCAUACAGUAUUGUAUUGCUGCUAUCCAUUCCUAAAGAUAAAUUGCAUUUUUGUAAAUUAUAAAUUUUAAGUAUGAUUCUUCGAAUUGAGAGAGAUAUUGUAUGUAAAAACGAAUGCUUUUUCCUGGUUUUUUCGUUUUAUAUACAAAAGGCCUAAUAAUAUAUAUAUAUAUAUAUAUUAUAUAUGUAAAUAGAUUGUUACGUAUUAUAAACGUAUAAAUAAAUUUUCAUUCGUGUUACACGAUGAUAUGUAUCUAUCGAAACACGUGUAACGUAAUCUCGCUAUACAUAGAUCGUGCUUUCAGCAAUUAUAAAUAAAAGAAUAUAAACAAAUAUCAA